AUGAGCGACUCUCAAACAAUAGAAAUUUUAGUUAAUAGACUUGAAAAUGAAAAAACAACAAUAAGUGUUCCUAGUAUAUUAACAUUAAAUGAAUUAAAACGGUUAAUUUGUAAUUCUCAAAAAGAUAGAGAUAAUACUGAAUUUACUAUAUUUCAAAAAGGAGAGCCAUUAGAAAAAGAACAAGUUAAAUUACAGAAUGGAGAAGAAAUCGUUGUUGUUUAUGUUUCAAAAUAUCAAAAUAAAGAUAUUAAUUUAUUUGAAAAGACAGAUAUGACAAUUGAUGAUAGUGAUAAAGAAGAACAACCUUUAACUGAAGAAGAAAUGAUGCAAGUUUUUAAUCAUUUAACUCAACAACAAAAAGAUGACAUAUUAAUUCUGAGUGAUAUUGGGUUUGACCAACAAGUUGCUGUUGUUGCUUAUUGUAUGUGUGCUGGAAAUAAAGAAGUUGCUGUAAAUAUGUUAUUAACUGGAGAAAUUGCAAUAGACAUGAGAAUUAUCACUCAGUUUAUGUGUAAGAAAUUUCCUAAUGCUGUUAGAGAGGUUAGACCAGCGUUACUUAAUCGUAGAAGAAACAUUACCACAAAUAAUGAACGUGCACUUGGAGUUGAAGAUUUAUUAUUUAGAGCAUUGUUAAAUGGUGGACGACUUGAAGAUAUUCUUAAUGGAUUUAGAAUUAUUGGUGAUUUAGGAGAAGAAAAUGGUGAUUUAGGAGAAGAAAAUGGAGAUGAGAAUAAUGAUGAGAACAAUGAAGAAGAAAAUGGAGAUGAUGGUAAUACUGAAAAUAUGGAGUUGUAA